AGCCCCGCGGCUACGUCAGGGGCUGGGCACACAGGUGGGCCGGAGAGGCGGGGCUUCGAUGGGCAGGAAGGCGGGGCUGAAAGUUCCUACUCAAUGGAAGCAGAAAACCAGGACCCACCCCGGUGAGUUUGGUACAAAAUGAACUCCAAGAUGAUAUCCACCAUAGCGGGCAUCUUCUCUAUCCUCAAUACCAUCCAGUUCUUCAUCUUUGAUCUGAAUCAGAUAACACACAUUGGCUUCGAAGACAAAUACAGCAUCUACGUGGACACAGAUUCUGAGAUCUCAUCCUGGCCCGUGGUCUAUAGGCACAACAUCAGCACAGGCCUGUCCAUCACCACCAUCACCAUCAGCUGCUUCCUCCUCUUCUGUCUCGACAAGAACAUGCUGGUCGGGCUGAUAAUCUACGUCCUGUGGAUCGCCAUGUACGAGAUCUUCAGCUUCGUCAUGGUGCUGCUCGUCCACGGCACCAUCAAGGAGCAGUUCAAGGACCUCGGCUACCUGUACCUGCUCUUGCAAAUCUUGCGCAUGCUCCUGCACUUCACCCCUCUGCCGUUCAUCGUCAAGCACGGCUACACGCUCUACAAGGACCCCAAGGCGGUGAGCAUAGCCGGCCGCCGCAAGCGCUCCUCCGUCAGCACGGUGGACUCGUGGCCGCCCAUUCCUGUCGGCCUGAGCUCUUUGUACCGCAAAACAAACUGAACCAGAAGUGGGGUGGUGCUCGCCCGUGGUGGAACCCUCCCUUCCUGGCCUUCGGUCUGUCCAUGCUACUUGUCUUUACUUGGCUUUUCCGGGUUUUUUGAGUAAUAUGCAUGGUGGGGUGAUAUAGCCUUGGUUACCUAAUGACAUAUUUGUAUAUUUGUUACCUUUGUGUUGACUAUCUUGUUGGUACCUAUCUUUAACUCUUUCCAAAAAAUAUUUAAUUUUUAUCUUUUUUCUUAAAGAUAGGGUCUUAUUAUCCAGGGUCUGUAACCCUGGAACUCAACAUGUAGACCAGGCUGACCUAAAAGUCACAGAGAUCUUCCUGUCUCUGCCUCUCUAGGAUUAAAAGUGUAUGCCACCACA